AUCCCAGUCCGUGUUCGGCUGCCACCAGCCUCGCUUGUUCAGGAUUGUGUUGAAGGUGAAUUGGAAUUACGUAAUACAAACGCAAGACUUGUCCACUUGGAGAUUACGUCACCUAAUUAUAAAGACGUUACCCUUUAAUAAGAUUAAUCUAUUGCAUGUGAAGUGGUUACAGAACAUAUACUGAUGUACAUCAAAGUGCAUGGUAAUCUUUAGACUGAGUAUGCUACAAUGACUGUCUCCGAAGACUCAGAGGAAUGGAUUUCAAAAGACAAAAGGCGCUACUAUGGCUCAUUUAUGUAAUAUUUCCUGUGGUGUUAGGACAGCAUGCAGAAUGUCCUAUACCAGAAACAAUACUUCCCUGUAUAUGCACCAAUCGAAACGAAGAUAUACAAAUAUGGUGCACACACAGCGACUUGCCGCAAGUAUUAAAGGGUAUCCAGAAAAUUGGAGAUUACCUCAGGAAACCCAUAGAUGAACUGAUUAUUGAAAAUAACUAUCUGCCGUCGCUUCCCGGAAAAAUAUUCCAAAAUGUGAAGAUAAUGAGACUAAUGCUUCGGCAUAAUGGCCUGGAAAGAGUUUCUGCUGCUUGGCUUGAAACGCAAGAAAUGAACCUGGUUGAAAUAUUCAUAGUCGAAAAUGAGUUGAGAAACCUUCCAACCGAAAGUUUGGCAAAAUUAAAGAAUCUGCAAGCUUUAACCAUAGAGUCUCACAAUCUGAAAAGAAUACCAGUAUUAAUGAAUUUGCCAAAGCUAAGAUAUAUCAAUAUUCAAUCUUCAAGUCUGAUCGCCAUAAAUGAACACACAUUUGAAAAUUUACCAAGCCUGGAAAGGCUGUACGUGCGUGGCAGUCCAAAUCUUAGGGUAUUAAAAGAAAACGCAUUGUUUAAUUUACCGAAACUUCGUAAACUUGAAAUCACAAAUUGUGGCGUAAAUCUCAUACACAUGAGGACGUUUGCUUUACUUCCUUCUUUGUUAGAGCUUUCUCUCAGUCAUAAUAAAAUAUCAGAUGCAACUAUGGUGGGAAGAGCCACAAGAGACUUGCCCAAAUUGUCACUAUUAAAUCUAAACAAUAACUUAAUUGACAAACUCAGCGAAGGAGCUUUCGUUGACCAACCGAUGCUCGAAAAAGUGUAUCUAUACAGCAAUGAUAUCAAUAUAAUUCACCAUGGAGCAUUUCACAGAGUACCCAACUUAAAAGUAGUAGAUUUAAAUUAUAACAAAAUAAGCCAAAUACACCCUGAAUCAUUCAUGCAGCAAUCAGGUAGUGGAGUUGAGGAAUUGAGUCUCAUCGGUAAUCAGAUAAUGCACAUUUCUGAAUUCAGAGCACUGUUAGAUGCCUUACCUCGGUUAAAGUAUUUGGAUAUGAGCGACAACCUACUCCAAGAAAUACCCAGAGGUGCAUUAAGGGGUCACCCGAAUUUAGAGAGAUUGCAUUUGAAUAAAAACAAUAUUAAAUUCAUUCAAGCAGACGCAUUCAAGGCCAUGCCUGCUUUAAGGGAGUUGCAUCUAAGUAAUAAUUCACUGACAGAUAUGAUGGAAGGUCCAUUUUGGAAUUUACCAGCUUUGAAGGGCUUAGAUCUGUCUAAUAAUUUCUUCCAGCGCUUACAACCUAAGCUAUUGUUUAACCUACCAGCUUUAAGAAGAAUUAACUUUAGCAAUAAUCAUUUAACGGUCAUAGAUCCACUUACCUUUAUGGAGACUCCAUUAUUGGAAUUUGUAAACAUCUCUGGGAAUGCUCUUGUUUCUAUUCAUCCGGCUACAUUCAGAAACUUGCCAAAUUUAUACGAAAUGGACGCCAGUACUAACAGAUUGGUAGAAUUUGUACCAGGACUGCCACGUGGCUUGGAAAAACUUUAUUUGCAACGAAAUCAAAUUACAAAUCUACCAAUUCCUCCUUCACCGGAUUUAGAUUUACCUUCGUUGCGAACUCUCGACAUUUCUAAUAAUGGGAUUCAAAAGGUUCCAAUUGGAUCCAUGAAAACUCUACACAACUUGCGUCGUCUCUAUAUGAAACGUAAUGGCUUAAGACAAAUUGAUACUACAACAUUCGCAGAUUUAGGACGUCUAGAAAUGCUCGAUAUAAGUGAUAAUCAAAUCAUUUCAAUACAUCCCAAGAGUUUUAACAAACUUGAACGCUUAAAGCAAGUGAAUUUACAUGGAAACACAAUAGAAAACUUUGAUUUUAUUUCAAUUAAAGAUAAUGUGGCUUUGUCUACGUUAGAUUUUAGUAAAAAUAAACUAAAGAGCAUCACACCAAAUAUUGUGAACAAAGCAUUGGAUGUUGAAAUUUUCAACAUAUCAUCCAACAAUCUAAAUGAAUUACCCGUAACGUUAAACAUGUUGCCAAAAUUAAAGAUACUAGACGCCAGUUUUAAUCGUAUUAAACAUUUUGACGGCAAUGCAAUAAAUAACGUGCAUUCUUUAAAGGAGAUAAAAAUGCCGCACAAUAAGUUGCUCGAACUGCGAACAGGAAGUUUCAAAGAAUUAAGAGAUCUAGAAACAAUUGACUUGGACAAUAAUCAGAUCGAAAUUAUACACCCUAGAGCGAUAGAAAACCUUCCUAAUCUUGUUUCUGUAUAUUUGAGCAGAAAUCACAUUAUUGAUAUACCAGAUCGUGUGUUUUCAAAUCUUCCAAAGUUGAGAAUAUUAGAGCUACAAGGCAAUCGUUUGCAGUAUAUAUCAAUACGGGCUUUUGAGAACCUACCCUUGGUCCAAUAUUUGAAUGUUAGUAACAAUCAGUUAAGCAAUAUCGACCAUUCUGGCCUGCGUCAGUUGUCAUCUUUAGAAGUUUUAGAUUUGAGUUUCAACAAACUCACACAGAUAACAAAAGCGUCAUUUGAGUAUAUGGAGUGGCUUGUAGAGUUAAAUCUAGAUAAUAAUCAGCUAUGCCACAUUGGAGGUCAACCAUUUGACUCAAUGCCCAGACUAAAAGUACUUUCAAUGCGGCAUAACAAGUUGACUUCAGUGUCAGAAACAACUUUUACCAAAUUAAGGAAUAACAUAGCUAUACUAGACAUCGAUGGUAAUCCGCUGAUAUGUAACUGUAGGAUGAUGUGGUUUAAAUCGUGGUUAGCAGAGUCGUCAUCAAUUGGACCAAAAUGUUCUGAUGGAACUUACGUGAAAGGCAUGCCGUUUACAAGAGAAGAUUGCUUCAAUGCCCCUAUAAGCAAUGAAGACAUAAAAUCCUGUGUAACACACGAAAAUGAAGCACUGCUACCUAAUUUAGGGCCAGCGCAAGUAUUCUCGUCCUUGGAGAAAAUCAAGGACUAUUCGACGCAAAUAAAGAAUAAUUAUCACAUUAAUAAGAUCAAUAACAUCAACAGACCCUCACCAGAAGAGUCUGAAUAUUUCUAUGAUGAUUAUGUCGACUAUCCCAUUAACGAUACUGUGAUUGAUGGGCUGAAAAAUGAAGUUGACCUAAUUCAAAAUUCUAAUAAAACGCAGAUUACAGUAACUGUAAAACCUGUUAUAUCAGUGGCCAUGAAAAAUACGAGCAAGAAUACUGCUAUAAAUAACGCACCCAGCAGUGGCUUUACCUUUUUUGGGAUGCCUUUACCUGCCAUUGAUAUGGGAAAAAUACUAAACACCGGUCGCAAGGUAGAUUGGCCUCCUACUGGUAAAAAUGGCAAUAAAUAUCAGUCUGAACCGCCAAAAUUCGAAACAGGCGGAUUCUCACCUAUGCUUCCAACAACAGCAAGUGGUUUUAAACCUAUUCCCAAUCCUGCAGUCAAUGUUACGCAUGCACUCACAAUGAGUCAAGGUGGCGGUAACUACAGCAUCAAAGGGGGCGCGGGAGAAAGUAUUGCAGUAGUUUCUACUAAACCACCUGUGAAAACAGUCCAAAGCAAUGUAACUCAUCAGAAAAUGAAAAGCGAAAUACAUGAGCUCCAAGCGUAUGUUGAUGAUGACAAUAGCACACAUGUUGCAUACAAUAGGACUAAAAAUGUGGAGGAACAAAAAACUGAUCCAAAUAAAAUGCAAAAAUACAACAUGAUGGAAUCUAAUUUGACCAUAACACAAGUGACAGAAAAAGAUGGGAUUCUUAUUACAACAGAUACAAGUCACGACAUGUCACUACAGGCAUGGAUGGAGUCAAGCACAAUGUCAUAUUCAUCAACUCCAGUGACUUCCAAGCCUCCAAUAAAAAAGCAUGUGAAUGAGAAUCAACCGACAGCAUUGUCGGCUGUUUUAAUACCAAAUAAUGAUGAACUUGCUAAAAGAAAUUAUUCAAGGCCGGCUACAAUAACAAAAGUGAACAUGCCGUUUGUGGAACAUCAUGAUCUAAGAGACAGCUAUUCACCUGUAAUAAACAGAGAAGCAAAGACCAGGUUCAAUGAGCAUAGCAAUAUAGGGAACACAAAAACAAGACAGGCAGAUGACAAGGAUUGGUAUUAUAAGAACUAUAAUAAUUCCAAUUUAGAACCCUAUGUUGCACCUGGGGUGCACACUUCUAACAGUAAUAUGAUUUCAUACAAAAAUCCUGUAAUACUUGUAGCAGUGCAUACUAUGUUACUGGUUUCUAAAUUGAUAUAAGGACAUAGAUUAUAGAGACUAUUUGCAAACAAUAACACUGUAUUGUUUAAAAAUUAUAA